AGCGGCGGAGCGGCGGCGUCAUGGGGAAGCUCCAGGAGUUCGACAUCACGUUCAGCGGCAACAAGGUGGUGUACGGCCCCGGGGAGUCCAUCGGAGGCACCGUGAAGAUCCGGACCAGCAACCAGCUACAGUAUAAAGCCAUCAAGGUGAACUGCCAGGGAUCAUGUGGGAUCUCCAACAAAAUGAACGAGCCCUCCUGGAGCCUGGAGGAGCAGUACUUCAGCAGCACAUUGUCUGUUGCUGACAAAGGGAUUCUGGCGGCAGGCGAACACAGCUUCCCGUUCCAGUUUCUUAUUCCAGUCGCUGCCCCGACCUCCUUCGAGGGUCCAUUUGGGAAGAUUAAUUACCGCGUGCGGGCCGCCAUCGACACCCCCCGCUUCGCUAAGGACUACAAAGCCCAGAGACCCUUCUACCUGCUCAACCUGCUGAACCUCAAUGAGGUGCCGGACAUUGAACAAUUGAGCUACGCUGUGACCACGAAGAAGUUCAGCUACCUGCUGGUGAAGACAGGGACCCUGAUGCUGAAGGCACGCAGCGACCUGAGGGGCUACAUCCCCGGGCAGGUCAUCAAGUUAGCAACUGAAAUCCACAACAAGUCUGGGAAGGACACGGGAUGUGUACUGGCCAGUCUCAUACAGAAAGUGACCUAUAAGACCAAGCGGCCUUUGUUUGACCUGCGGACCAUCGCCGAGGUGGAGGGCGCCGGAGUGAAGGCAGGAAAACACGCCGAGUGGAGGGAGCAGAUCAUCGUCCCUCCUCUUCCUCAGUCGGAGCUCGCAGGCUGCAGCCUCAUAGACAUCGAUUAUUUCAUACAGGUGUCGCUGAAGCAUCCGGACGCAGUCGUCACUCUGCCCAUCUACAUCGGCAACAUCGCUGUGAACUUAUCUCCAUCGAGGACCGUUCCCUCCACUCCGGACCGCUGCGGCGCCGCCAUCGCACCCAGGGGAGCAGGGGUCACACCAAGUGCCCCCCCGGCGGAGCCAGAUGAGGGGUUGUGUGCCGCGGGCAUGGCCAGCGAGGAGAUCCCGACCAAGAGUCACUCUCAGCAGGAUUCAACCGGUCAGACGGUCACCAUGUCGCCCGGCGCCUUCGGCCACGCCCCAGGUGCAGCGCCGCCUCCCGGCCACAGGCGACCCGACAUGUCGGCUCAAAUGUUCUGCGUGUCCACCGGCGCCACCAUACCUUACUUCACCGAGGGAGAGGUGACUCCCGUGCCCACUUCCUGUUCGCUCAUUCUCCCUCCAGAGUACAGCAGCUGUGACUACCCUCAUGAGCCUCCACCCAGUUACGAGGAAAGCUGCAGCAGCGCCAACUCCAGCUUCACCAGCCGCCAUUAGGAGAAGCAGGCGAUGAAGCCUCGUGACCACACCCACCCCCAUCUGUCUGCACUCGCCUGUCGACCAAUCAGAACAAUCAGACACUCUGGGUGAAAGAGGAUGGACGGUAUACCCCCCCAUUCCUCUUCUCCAGCACCCCAAAGAUUUUUUUUAUCCUUUUUCCUCUAAUAAUUAAAAAAGGGAUCAUAUCUUGUAUUGAAUAUAAGAAUUUGAAUUGCCCCUCAUGUCCCUGCAGGUCGAGUCAGGUGACUUCACUGAGCAUCACUGUGCCUAAAAGACAGAUUUUGGAUUGUCGCGCAGCGUCUCGAGGAUUCAGGGGCUGGACACGUUUUCUCCUCCUUUUUAUCUGGUCAUCAGUGAAUCGUUGCAUCUGUGAUGCCUUGAAAAUGAUUGGGGCCUUUGACAAGACCCUGCGUUGGCCUUUUUUCUGUUUGUGCUGUCGUUCUAGUUGUGCACUUGUAACUAUUGCCCACUGCUCGUCCAUGUGUGUGUCCUCAUCAUGAGCGAGGCCGAGGUGUCUUCAUGCUGGAUGUAAAGAGGAGAGCUCACAGCCACAGCUCCUGGUCUGUGUGUAAAACCAAUCAGAUCUCCCGUGUGUUGGACCUUUCAUCUUUUCAUCUUUCAAAUCCUGCACACAGGGAAAUAAGGUCUUAGGUAAAACCUCUCAGUUGUGUAACUUUAAACACGGGACUCACUAAAAAUAUUCAUAAUACAUUUGUCUAUUGGAUUGCUUCAUUGACAUGAAUGCAUGAAUGAAUAAAUUAUUAAAUGUACAUGUGGAGAGCAUGUCAAAUUCAACCCAGGAGAGGAAGUAAUAAAUAACUUAAAAACAGAUUGUUAAUAUUAUGAUUAAUAUUAUUGUGAUUAUAUACCAGUGUGCUGCCACCCUGUGUCGACGACUGGUAACUGAGAGGUUUUGCUUUGACCAGUUUUGUAUUCUGGGGACAGUUUGUCUGCAGCAGUCCUCCUCUGCCCCCGUGUGGCCACAGCUGGUAAACGCUUUCCUCUCAACCUGGUCUAGAAGCAGUGAUGAGCCGUGCAAAUUGAGAUACCUGAAUCUUCAACGCACCAUCUGACGUCGGUUGUAUAAAUGUACAUUUUUGUUUCUUGCAACUGUCUGUUGAGCAGAGCUGGCAGAUACAGAAUUUAGUUUUUAGAAGUGAUGCAGGUGUUGUGCAUCCUUGUCUCAGUCCUGUGAGGCCACAGAUUGUUUCUCUCUGUGUUGCCUUGACUUUCUUUUAGUGCAGAUGAUAAACGUACAUGUGCACGACGCUGCGUGUGGAUUUCUGUGAAUGUGAACUUCUACUGUAUAUGUGUGUGUCUGUGAGUGUGUGAACUCACUUCACUGUGUGUGUGUUUUUUUAUUCAAACUAAACCGUCUUCAAAAAGAUUAAUUUCUGGUAAAGUAAUGUAUUUCUUUACCUGCAUGAUUUCAGUUUUAAAGCAACACUAUGCCACAGCGCCCCCUGCAGCCACACAUAGGGAUUGACUCUGCUUGAUCCCGGCUUCGAGAACCAGAAUUGCUGCCACUGUAACAAAUCCAACAAACUGUUUAGAAUUCCUCAUAUUUAAGAUUUUCCUGCUGAAUAUUUGGGAUAACCUCUGUUUUAAUAACUUCUCCCAAUAGAGGAAACAUUCUCCCUAUUCCAUUGAAGGAAGCUGCUGUUUAAAGUUCAAAAGUGUUGCAUAGUGUUGCUUUAAUUCUCUGAGUAAAAAUGUCAUUUUAUUAUUGUUAUGGUGUCACCAUUGUCCAAAUUAAUUCAUCAAGAAAACUUUUUGUUUUGCACAUGCAUAAUAUUUGGUCACAUAAAUAACAGCUCAUUACUUGUGUUUUAUAUUGGAUUUGACCUACAUUUGUCUAAAUGUGUCCUAUAUUCAUGACAGAAAAUAUCCUUGUUUUUAUCAGGCCCAACACACACUCUUUGCUUUCCAGUGGGAAACUAAUGACACUGAAAAUCUUAAGCACAAUUAAGACUGAAUGUUUGUGUGUCAGUUUGUGUGUUUGUCGUAUUCCAACACACAUUAGAACGAUCACACGUUAAUAUGCUCUGGUGUGUUUUUUUUCUCUCUUGACUCAAGAUCAUGUUGCCACAUGUUCUUAAUGUGAAAUCUCCACAAAUUUGAUUUUACAAUAGUGUUGUGGCUGGACAUUAUUCUGAAUGCAUGCCUUAAACACUGUGGACGUUCAUCGCCCCCUACAGGAGCCUGUGAUGCUCUCUCCUGUGGACUGUGCUCAGUGCACUCGAUGUAAACAAAUGUAGCUUUUAAACACGGUGAGAAAGAAACACUGGACCUUCAACUGGCUGAACGUUUCACUUUUACUAGUAUUAUUAUUGUUGUUUUAGAAAAUGUGCAAUUCCUGUCAUCUCCGAGAACGCUUCAGCAACCGCCUGGUUCCCUGAAGUUUAAUUUCUCGUUGCCUUGUUUUUUUUUAAUCACUUCUAAUUCUGUAGAUUUCCUCUCGACCAGAAGGUUCAAAAGCUUUACAGUGUGAAGCCCCAUUUGUUCAGUUGUUUGUUUCUCUCUCUCUCUCUCUCACUCUCUCUCUCUCUCUUUCUCCUCUUCACACAUAUUGAUGAGUGGUGUCUGGUUUUUGUAUUUUUCUACUUGUAAACUGUUUACAGGUGCAGUAUGCAGAUGAUAUAAUGUCAGCACCUCGAUCAGUAAAUGUAAUAUUUCAACUCACAGUGCAGAAUCAAAGUUGUACUGUACAGAAUAACAAUAAAAGAAAUAAUGAUAAUGAAAUUGA